CAAGGGGGAUCAAUCCCGGCGGGCCGCGCGCGCGGCCGCGUUUGAAUGGCCCUGUGUGGGGCUUGGCCCGGGAGCCGAGGGACUCUCUAGGCUUCCGGGCGCAGUUCGUCAGCGCUAGGACUGAGCUGAGGCGCCGCGGUACCAUGAGGCGCCGGUAUUCAAGAGAUUAUGGCAUCGGAAACCCACAAUGUUAAAAAACGAAACUUUUGUAACAAUAUUGAGGAUCAUUCCAUUGAUCUUCCUAGAAAAAGAAUAUCUAAUUUUACUAAUAAGAACAUGAAGGAGGUUAAGAAAUCUCCAAAACAGUUGGCUGCUUACAUAAAUAGAACAGUUGGACAAGCUGUGAAAAGCCCAGAUAAACUACGUAAGGUGAUCUAUCACAGAAAGAAAGUUCAUUAUCCUUUUCUAAAUCCUUGUUACAAAAAAAAACAGUCCCCUAGAAGUGGGGGCUGUGACAUGGCAAAUAAAGAAAAUGAACUGGCUUGUGCAGGCCACCUGCCUGAAAAAUUACACCAUGAUGGUCGAACAUAUUUGCUUAACUCCAGUGAUUCUGGUUCUUCACAGACAGAAAGCCCAUCAUCAAAAUAUAGUGGUUUUUUUUCUGAGGUUUCUCAGGACCAUGAAACGAUGGCACAAGUUUUGUUCAGCAGGAAUUUGAGGUUGAAUGUAGCUUUAACUUUCUGGAAAAAGAGAAGUAUAACUGAACUUGUAGCUUAUUUGGUGAGGAUAGAAGACCUUGGAGUGGUGGUGGAUUGCCUUCCUGUGCUCACCAAUAGUUUACAGGAAGAAAAACAGUACAUCUCACUUGGCUGCUGUGUAGACUUGUUGCCGCUAGUAAAAUCACUACUUAAAAGCAAGUUUGAAGAGUAUAUAAUAGUUGGCUUAAACUGGCUUCAAGCAGUCAUAAAAAGGUGGUGGUCAGAACUAUCUUCCAAAACAGAAAUUAUAAAUGAUGGAAAUAUUCAGAUUUUAAAAGAACAAUUAAGUGGGUUGUGGGAGCAAGAAAACCAUCUUACUUUGGUUCCAGGAUAUACUGGUAAUAUAGCUAAGGAUGUAGAUGCUUAUUUAUUACAGUUGCAUUGAGAGACUUCAUCUAGUAAAGAGCAUUUGAUUAUUCAAAACAUCCCUGGAUUAUAUGAUUUCCAAAAUGUCUCAUCAGAGAACUGUGAACUAUGGAAGAAAUCAAAACCUUUUUUUUUUUUUUUUUAAACCACAUAAUGAAACCACUAAUGAAACCCUAACAAUCUACUUCACAUUGAAGUGGAAAAAUACCGAAAGGAGCAGCUUCAACUUCAAUGAGGUGAAAGUGCACUAUGAAGAUUGUUCACCUUUGCUGCGUUUGGGAUUUAUAUGGUAUUUGGUGACAUUGUUUAAGAACUACUGGAUCUUAAUGCAAUCCUGCAUAAGAAUAUACUUUAUACUAUGUGAAAAACAUAAGACAACUUAUUACUAGGAACCACAAAGACCAAUCAUCAUUACUUUUUUUAAGAUUGUGUUUUAUAAAAAACACUCAAAUGUGUGCAGCUAUUUUCUUAUGUUAUAAAGACUUGGAAAGUUUAAAACAUCAUAACAAAUAAUCAAUACUAAAAGUUUUUUGUCCAUCCUGAGAUACUGUGUAUACAAAAUGCCUUAAUUAAUAAGCCAAUGUGUAUGAUACCAAUGUCUGUUUUAAAAAAAUUAAAACCAACCAUGCUUCUGGCAUGAUAAAAUCAUGGACUCAAAUCAGGGGUUUCCAUUCAUAUAGAAUGUUGUUAAAACUUACUCCAAACCAUCUUUAAAACUUGAGGAUAUUUUUAAUAUCUCUGAUUUUUUUUGCCAGAAUCAUCAUGUCGUGUAUGUAUGUGUUAUUCCUAUGUAAAAGAAAAGGUGAAUAUGUAUUUGUAUGAAUGCUUUGCUGGAAAUGUUCAUAGAGUUGGCUAAUUUAUAUUCACUUUCUAUUGUAUAUAGAUUUCUAAUAUUUUCAGUUCUGUAUCAUUUAAGCUUCCUUCAUUUGAGUAAAUUCACUAAAUAUUUCUA